UGCGAGACGCGCGCAUGUUUUCAAAAGAAGACGCAGAAGAAGCCGUGAGUAUGGCGGAGCUGGAGUCCCUCAUGCGGAAAGCCCAAGACCAGAUCCAGCAGGCAGUGCGCGCCGAGGUGUUUGAGGGCAACAUCAGCAAGGCCGUCACCCUGUACGCCCUCGCCGGAGGAGUCUACGUGGACGCACUUCGAGAGGUGCGAGCUCGUUGUACCAGCUGCAUGGGUCGCCUACGCGCGCUCAAGGACUACGCGACGCCUCGGCGCCGUGCCUCUGCUGAAGCCGACACAGAGGACGCUGGUGCGCGGAAACCGGAAGAGUCCGAUUCGGGAUCCGACGACGACGACGAGGAGGCCGGUCUCAUUACUGGUCCCGACUAUGAGAUGAUCUGUCACUUGGAAGGCGUGCUGAUACUCGGCAAAUCCUCCUGCGGACCCUGCAGUGACACCGGCCUGGUUGAGCUCGUCCCCAAGGUGCUACGACUGGCAGGGCUGGCGUCCUCCCAUUCCCGGCGUCGUUCCCGCUCACCCGACCGGCGUCCCGUGCGAAAGGUGCUUCUGUACGGUCCUUCGGUGACGGGCAAGACGUGCUUGGCCAGUGCCAUUGUGGCACGUAACACCAAUGCCACCGUCUACUAUGUGUCAACACCCGUGCUGCUCAAUAGGUGUCGCCUCAGGGGGGACGUCGUGCUAGUUCACUCGCUGUUCGACGACGCUCUACGCCGGUCACCGUGCGUGCUCUGCUUCGACGACCUCGACGCGUUGUGCAGCCUCCCAAAGUCGCCAAGGGACCAGGAGCGCCUGCGGGCCCUGAAGUGCGCGUGGCUGGAGCGCGUGUCCCGGCUGCCGUCCAAGGCGGGCCCCGUGCUCGUGCUGGGCGUGAUCAACAACCCGUGGCUGCUGGACGACGACGUGCGCUCGCAGUUCGAGCGCAUCCUGUUCGCGCCGCUGCCCCAGGAGGCCGACCGGCUGUGCCUGCUCAAGCAGCUCGUGCGCAGCCCGGCGCUCACCGACGAGGACUACAGACUGCUGGCCAAGCGUACCGAAGGUUUCACGAGCACCUUCCUCGCCAUGCUGGCGGCGGACGCACAGCGCAACGCACGCGCCGUGUGCGAGCACGUGUACGACCGGGCCGUGGACGCAUCGGGCGCGCUCAAGGUGACCCUGAGCGACAUCCUCACCUCCAUGGAGAAAGUAGAACUGCCGGAGUCUGUGAGCCGCAGGAGCAGCGUCACCAGCUCCAAGACGGAGUCCACCACAGUCGCGCUGCCUUAGUGCAACGUGCAGCGACCGAAGGGGGGGCCGUAAGCCGCGACAGGUCUUGGGGGGAAAAAGUAUCGGUGAGGCUGGAGAUACACGGGCCAUCGCUGUCUCUUUCAUUUUUUCUUUUCUUUUUUGAUUAAAGUUUCUGGAAAAGAAG